CCGUACUAUAAUUUGCAUAGUUGACGCUUAAUUCCUUUUUAUGGCAAUGUAUUUAAGAUGAUAAUUAUUUACUUUUUUAUAGAAAAUAGAAAAUAGGAAACUAAUUAUUUACUAUCUAUUUAAGAUGAUAAACAUUCCAUGUAUAAUUGUUAAAAAUUCUAAUCAAAGAAAAACUCUAGAGAGAAGCAAAAAGAAUACAAACUGGAACUCGCUUGAAAUUUCACGCUUUCAAAUCCCAUAGUGGAAAAUGACACUUUUCAAAUAAGUAAUAAUCAUAUAUAUUUAUUUUUAAUUGGACUCGACGGUACAUUGAGCUGAAAAAGUUAGUGAUUCGUGGUUCAAUUAUUAUUUAUCUAGACUGUUGGUGAGUCGUGUAUGGAAUGAUUAGAAUACAUAAAAAUAGUAUACUGAUUUGGGUUAUGGAAUGCGAGUGAAAAAUGAAACGAAGAGGAAGUAGACAAUGGAAAGGUUUUGACCAAUUCUUUUAGUUGGCUGUCAAUACAACAAUCAACCCUUUUCACCAUAGCAAUUUAUUGACACUUGCUUAUGUAGAUGUCGCGCAUAUUUUGUUACAUGUAGUUAGUAGAAGUUUGUUUAGUACCCCCUAAAUGUGGAAUUUUUCCAGAAAUAGCACCUUUAAAAAAAAAUUACAAAAAUAGCACCCAUCCGUAAAAAUUUCCACUAAUAGCACCCUUUUUAAUAGAACGCACCUUGUAGAUGCGUUUUACAUAUAAAUCGCACCCUACAAGUGCGUUUUAAAUAUAGAUCGCACCCUACAAGUGCGUUCCAAAAAUCUGGAAUCAAAUCGCACUUUAGCCAAGCGAUUUUAGGUCUGACCUAGUAAAAUCGCAUGGCCGAGGUGCGAUUUGUUUCUGCCAGACAAAAUCGCACCAUGAGGAUGCGAUUUUAACAUGCAAACCGCACCUUAAAGGUGCGGUUUUGGUCAAUCAAUUUCCGACAUACCAUACAGACGUUACAGACGUGGGUCUGCAUGGGCCUGCAUGGCAGACGAAAAUCGCAUCUCUAAGGUGCGGUUUUCAUCAAGAUUUUGCCUAUAAAAGGCCUCCCGGACAACCAUUUCUCUUCACACCUCUCCUUCUCCCUUCCCUUUUCAAUUUUCUGUUGUAGCUCUAUAUUUCUUUAGUAGUUUUGCGAUUAACGUUAACUCGUAAGUUGAUUUAGUAUUACAUAUUUCUUUAGUAGUUUUGCGAUUAACGUUAACUCGUAAGUUGAUUUAGUAUUACAUAUUUCUUUAGUAGUUUUGCGAUUAACGUUAACUCGUAAGUUGAUUUAGUAUUACAUAUUUCUUUAGUAGUUUUGCGAUUAACGUUAACUCGUAAGUUGAUUUAGUAUUACAUAUUUCUUUAGUAGUUUUGCGAUUAACGUUAACUCGUAAGUUGAUUUAGUAUUACAUAUUUCUUUAGUAGUUUUGCGAUUAACGUUAACUCGUAAGUUGAUUUAGUAUUACUUUUUAUUGUUAAAUUUUUUAUUUUUAUUUUUAUGAUAUUAACUUAACUACGGUUUUAUCGCAGAUGGCAUUCCAAGAGUUCACGCUUGGCUUACGGUGGAAUGGUUACACGGAAGAGACCGGAAAGGGUGCCACCUACGUAGGUGGCAAUUUUCAGAAGAUAAAGGUCGCUACCAGACCGCUGCUUGAAGACCUCCAUCAAAUGUGCACUAACGUUACUUGCAUGGAUGGCACGAGAAAAGUUGAUCGUAUGGUGUACCGAUAUCCAAACAGAGAAAGUGGGUCAUUGUGGCAUGAGGAAUAUCUCAUAACCACUCAGGAUGAGGUAGACGCCAUGCUCGAAUUCAUGAGGUCCAACAAUCUUUCCAAAGCCGAGAUGUUCUUUUACACCGAGCCGGUCGUAGGCGUUGGAGGUCAUUCUGGACACGGUCAAACAUCUGGUAUCCAUGGUGGAGGUGAAUACUAUGGCGAUCAUCCCUACCAAAGUUACCAUGAUCCUAAUUCAUAUGUAUAGAUACCUAACCAAACAUUCCAUAUAUAAUUGUCGAAAAUUCUAGCUCGGGUGAAAAAUAAAAACUUUAGGGAGAAGCAAAAUGAAUACAAACUGAAACUCGCUUAAAUUUCACGCUUUCAAAUCUCAUAAUGGAAAAUGAUUACUUUCUAAUAAGUAAUAACCAUAUUUAUUUAUUUUUAUUUGGACUCGACAUUGUGCUGAAAAAGUUAAUGGUUCAUGGUUCAAUUAUUAAUUCUCUAGACUGUUGGUAAGUAGUAUGGACAUGUUCAUACUUGUGAUUAGAAUACAUAAAAAUUGUAUACUAAUUACGGCUAGACGAAGAAGGUAAAGAAAGAAAUAAAUAAAGAGUUAUGGAAGGCGAGUGAAAAAUGAAGCAAAAAGCAAGUAGAUGAUGGAAAGAUUUUGACCAAUUCUUUUAGUUGGCCGUCAAUACAACAGUCAACCAUUUUCACCGUAGCAAUUUAUUGUCACUUAACUAUGUAGAUGUCGCCUAUUUUGUUGCAUGUAGUUAGUAGAAGUUUGUUUAGUACCCCGUAAAUGUACUAAAUGAGUUUAUAAAAUCGCUCUUGUAAUAUUUUAGAGUCGUCUCACUUUUAUUAUUUAUUUAAUGUCUCACGCAAUGAGCAAAUAUAAAAUGGUCGAAUCUUCUCCUUCAGUUGAGUGAUACAACAUCUUGUAUGGUAAAAACUAAAUUUAUAUUUUUUGUUAUGGUAGAUUGGAUUCAUUGAUUGAUUCAAAAGGAUUGGCGGAUUGGAUUCAUGGAUUCAAGUGAAAUCUAAACAUUAAACCAAAAUGUAAAUUAAAAAAAAAUGUAGGUACGAAAAGCUCAUAAAAUUUAGAUAACAAAACAUAAUUGUUCAAUAAUUUUACAUUGAAAUUAAAUUUUGGGUAUCAAAAUGUAAAAUGUAUAUUAUUGUAACUAAGUUUUAAUUUAAUUAAAUUUGGGUAUUAAAACGUAAAAAUGAUAGUUGCCUAAUCAACUUGCAAGAUUAGGCAACAUUAACUCAUAUGGUACAAACUAAAUUUAUAUUUUUUGUUAUGGUAGAUUGGAUUGAUUGAUUGAUUCAAAAGGAUUGGCAGAUUGGAUUCAUGGAUUCACGUGAAAUCUAAACAUUAAACCAAUAUGUAAAUUAAAAAAAAUAUAGGUACGAAAAGCUCAUAAAAUUUAGAUAAUAAAACAUAAUUGUUCAAUAAUUUUACAUUGAAAUUAAAUUUGGGGUAUCAAAAUGUAAAAUGUAUAUUAUAGUAACUAAGUUGUAAUUUAAUUAAAAUUGGGUAUGAAAAUGUAAAAAUGAUAGUUGCCCAAUCAACUUGCAAGAUUAGGCAACAGUAACUCAACUUCUUCUUUAUAUAUAUUAAAUAGUUGGGGAAUCUUUGAUCCGCUCGAAAGCAGAAGGGGUCAUGGGAUUCCGCAAUUUACGUGGUUUCAACAUUUCUCUCUUGUCACGACAACUCUGAAGCCUCUAUCAACGACCUACCUCUCUCGUAGCAAGGUUAAUAAAGGCUAAGUAUCACAAGAACGUUACAAUUUUGAAUGCCACAAGUGGAUACACCGACCCGGUUACACGAGGAGGAGCUUUAUAUAUGGGUGCACAUAGAGGUGGCAAAUGGAUUGGAUUGGUGGAUUGGGUUGGUGGAUCCAUGGAUCAAAUGGAUUGGAUCUAAUGGAUUGGUGGAUUCAUGGAUUGGAUCAAGUGGAUUGGUGGAUUAUCCAUGAAUCCAAAUGACAUCCUCAACCAAGGACCAAUAUGUAAAAUGUAAAAAGUUUAGGUACUAAAAUGUCCUAAUGAAAAAUUUUAGGUACCAAAACGUAAUUUUUCAAUGAUAUUUUUCGCAUAAAAAAUAAAUUUUAGG